AAAACCCACCGCAACAAAUAAAUACGGCAGAUCAAUCACUCGAAUCGAUCGUUCGAUCCAGAGAGAGAGAGAGGCCUUCCUUCAACCUUAGAUCCACAGAGUCAAACCCUAGAAAUCUCGAAGGAGGGCCUGAACCAAACCCUCGAGAAUCUCAGCACGUUUUAAAGCUAGGGCUUUGCUGGAUGGCCUCCGAUCAGUCCGUUGCCGUUGGAUCUCAGCCUCCGCCUUCAGUGGUUGGAAACGCGUUUGUUCAGCAAUUUUAUCGAAUCCUUCAUCAGUCGCCUCACCUCGUUCAUCGAUUCUACCAAGAAAGUAGCAAGCUUGGCCGCGUUGAUGGAAACGGCGUCAUGGAUUCAGUCACCACUUUGCAAGCAAUUCAUGAGAAGAUAGUAGCAUCAGGUCAACUUACAGCAGAGAUCAAGACGGUGGAUGCUCAAGAUUCACUUAAUGGUGGUGUUAUUGUUUUGGUGACUGGGUAUCUCACUGGGAUUGAUUUGGGUCGGAAGAACUUUACCCAGACAUUCUUCCUUGCACCGCAGGACAAAGGCUACUUUGUUCUGAAUGAUAUCUUUAGAUAUGUGGCUGAAGGUGGUCACCAGAUGGAGAAUGCAGAGUUCGCGAAUGGAACUUUUGCAUCAUUAUCAUCUGAACAACGUAUAACUUAUUCUCCUCCCCGGGAGCAAGCAAUUCAGGAGCAAAUGCCACCUCCAAAAUUGGAGGAGGAAGAAAAUGGGGAGGAAGUGUACAACCCUCCACAGGAACAGGAGGAUCCUGCAAUUGUGGAGGAAGCUCCUGAAGAAGAGGUGGUUGAUGAAGUUUCGAGCAUUCCACAGAUGGUAGUUGCUGUGGCAACUCCUGCCUCUACUGUUCAUGAAGAGGCACCUAAGAAGUCAUAUGCUUCGAUUGUGAAAGUUAUGAAAGAGAAUCCGGCUCCUUUAUCAGUUCCUAAUCCUUCUCCUGCAAGGCCGAAACCGGACAGGCAUUCGACUGUUGCUCCUAGACCAGCUCAGGUGCCUGAGCCUCCUGCGGAUAGAUCUAAUGGUGCCGAGGACAACAAUCCUCAAGAGGCGGAAGCUGAUGGUUAUUCAAUAUAUAUAAAGAGCCUGCCUUUGAGUGCUACACCUGCACAACUUGAAGAAGAAUUCAAGAAAUUUGGUCCUAUUAGACCUGGUGGAAUACAAGUCAGAAGCCAUAAGAUGCAAGGGUUUUGCUUCGGUUUUGUACAAUUUGAGGUGGCUAGUGCAGUGCAAAGUGCAAUAGAGGCUUCCCCAGUUGUGAUUGGCGGUCGUCAAGCUUUUGUUGAGGAAAAGAGGCCCACUGCUCCAAGAGCCAGUACCAGAGGGAGAUCAGCUCCUGGUAGGGUUUCUGGGUUUCGCGGUGACGGACCUAGAGGACGUGGAAGCUAUGGCAGUGGGAGGGGUAGUUUCGGAAGAGGUGAUUAUAACAACAGGGGCGAUUUUGGUAACCGAGGUGGUGGUAGAGCAAAUCAUGGAGGUGAUGUCGGGUAUCAUAGUGGUGGCCGUGGAAACCGUUCUGGUUCUUUUACAGGAAAUUCAUCUCCCAAAAAUGUUGCCCCUGGGGUGCCUGCUCCUGCCUAGAUUAGAUAGUAUCAAGCUAUCUUUUAGUUGUAGGGUUUUCCUUUUCUUUUUCCUUUUUUUAGCCUUCCAUUUUUCUGAGAGGUUGCCAUUCAUCAGGUAUUGAGAUUGUAUACAUGCCAAUUUUCUCCUUUUGUUUCAGGGGGCACGAGGCAUUGAAGCUAAGUUUGUUUAUUUUUUUUAAUUACACCGUGUGGUUCUAUUGAUCUUUUCUAGCAUACGGGUAUUGGAUGGAAUUUCUUUACAAUUUAUUAAUUUAUAUUAACAUUGGUAUUACUUA